GACCCGGAAGAAGAAUUUUGUCGCCGGCACAGUCUCCUUGUUCUUUUCCGGUCAGAGCUCUGUAGUGGUGCGAGCGUGGAUUUCAUCAUCUAGGCUCACAAAAUCACAAGAAAAUGAGCGUACCAGCAUUUAUCGACAUAACGGAAGAAGAUCAGGCUUCAGAGCUGAGAGCCUAUAUUAAAUCUAAAGGAGCUGAAAUCUCAGAGGAGAACGCUGAAGGCGGUCUUCAUGUAGAUCUGGCUCAGAUCAUCGAGGCGUGCGAUGUCUGCCUUAGAGACGAUGAUAAAGAUGUUGAGAGCGUGAUGAACAGCAUCGUGUCUCUGCUGUUGAUCCUGGAGACAGACAAGCAGGAGGCUCUUAUUGAAAGCCUAUGUGAGAAGCUUGUGAAGUUCCGUGAAGGAGAGAGACCCUCCCUCAGAAUGCAGCUGCUGAGUAACUUGUUCCAUGGCAUGGAUGAGAACACUCCCGUGAGGUACACAGUCUUCUGCAGCCUCAUCAAAGUGGCCGCCACCUGUAACGCCAUAUCCUUCAUCCCCACUGACCUUGAUCAGGUGCGCAAGUGGAUUGUUGACUGGAACCUGAACACAGAGAAGAAGCACACACUUUUGAGGCUGGUAUAUGAAGCACUUGUUGACUGCAAGAAAAGCGAAGCUGCAGCAAAAGUGAUGGUUGAGCUACUUGGAAGUUACACAGAAGACAAUGCUUCACAAGCACGCGUUGAUGCCCACAGAUGUAUCGUCCGUGCUCUCAAAGAUCCCAACACUUUCCUGUUUGACCACCUGCUCACCCUGAAACCUGUUCGCUUCCUCGAGGGGGAACUCAUCCAUGACCUAUUAACCAUCUUUGUGAGCGCCAAAUUGGCAGCAUAUGUCAAAUUUUACCAGAAUAACAAAGACUUCAUUGAUUCUCUUGGCCUGUCUCAUGAGCAAAACAUGGCCAAGAUGCGUCUGCUGACAUUCAUGGGCAUGGCGGUGGAAUUCAAGGAGAUCUCCUUUGAUACCAUGCAGCAGGAACUGCAGAUUGGAGCCGAUGACGUUGAGGCUUUUGUCAUUGACGCUGUUCGGACCAAAAUGGUAUACUGCAAAAUCGACCAAACACAGCGAAAGGUUGUUGUGAGCCACAGCACACACCGCACCUUUGGCAAGCAGCAGUGGCAGCAGCUGUACGACAGCCUCAGCUCCUGGAAGGCCAACCUAGCAACCGUCAAGACCAGUCUGCAAGCCCUGUCACCUUCCGCUUAAUCCCACUUUACCCCAACUGUUUAGACUGGUUCUUAGUGCUUUCCAAAUUCCCAGACUGCAAUGGUCGGUUUUUUAUUCAUCCAAUAAAAGAACAGCGACAGUCAA